AUGCUAUUGGUCCUGCCACUAACCAUACAGUACACCGAACAUGUCGCAAACGAACUUUCUGGAUUAGAUCCCAGGAUCUUCGACUCUGGCAAUCUGCUAAAACCGCGUCAUCAUGAGCCAGCCAUGACGGCCAUUCAUACGCCGCCGAAUCAAACACUGGGCUUCAGCUUCGAGACGCGCUGGAUCCCCACGGUCCUGCGAAUAAUGCUAUUGGUCCUGCCACUAACCAUACAGUACACCGAACAUGUCGCAAACGAACUUUCUGGAUUAGAUCCCAGGAUCUUCGACUCUGGCAAUCUGCUAAAACCGCGUCAUCAUGAGCCAGCCAUGACGGCCAUUCAUACGCCGCCGAAUCAAACACUGGGCUUCAGCUUCGAGACGCAGGGCUUUGCCACAAAUCGAGUCGUAUCCAAGCAUUACCGAGGCGUCGUCGAGACAGACCGAGCACAAUCCCAGCCAGACAGAACCGUAUUCCAGCAUGACAGGAGCGCACCCCUUGCAAGAUCCGAACCCAACAAGCCAUCGUAAUCAUUCGACCUGGCCAUCGACAACA